UCUUACUGGCAACAUGAAUUCUACUUCGAACCUAAAUCUUAAGGCAUCUGAGUCGCAAGGAAUUAAAUAUCUUCAUUCCACUAACUGGGAUCCACAAACUUCCACCGAGGAACUUACCAACUAUUUACAAGUAAUUAUUCCAAGCCUAAGAUUGGAGAAAUUAAACUCUCGUUAUCCUCAAGAAUACGCUUCUUUUAAAUUAUCUGUACCAAACUCAGAAUUAAAUAAAAUUAUGAAACCGGAAAUAUGGCCCAGCGGAGUGUUGAUAAAUGAGUUUUUUCCGUCAAAAAGACUCAACCAAUAUACCCAGCAGUUUAAUGACCAAAAAUAACUUAAAUAGCUCAUAUGUAAUGUCUAUUUUUCAUAUAAAUGUGCGGAGUUUAGCAAACAAGUUACACGAUUUGUCAAUUUUUCUUCAUGAAAAUCCAUUUGAAAUUAUUUGCAUAUCAGAGCACUGGUUAGAAAAGUGUAAUUUAGAGGUGGUAAAAUUAAAU